AAUCAUCUAGGUUAAAUAUUAGUUAAAAAAAAAUAGUCCUAGUUUAAAAAAAAAUAAGUUUUUAGUAGUCAUUACAUGUGUAACUGAGCUGGUCUUUCCUAUAUCAAGUACCUUCAUCAAAAUAGUAUUUUGUUGCGUGAGUCGGCUAUUUGCGCAGCUUCAUUGGGGUGUGUUACAAUGGAUAUUACAUCGAUCUAAUUGGAUUAAGCGCCGGUGAUCGCUGGAGGAUUGAAGACUGUAGAGUGAGAGCUUGUCGUGCUGCUCAUUCAUUCAUACAGACGCCAGCAUGAAGGAUCCACAGCUACCAGGUACCAAAACACUAAAUGUCUGGGCGAAGCGACAUGGAAAAAAAGGAAAGAAUGAGCCAGCGGUGCAACCUGCCCAGAAAGAAGCAGAAACACCCAAGGUUCCUGCGCUUACACCUGAACAGCGAGCGAAGCAGACAGCCUUCGAGAGGGUCCUCUAUGACAUGUCCCACAAUGAGCGGGUCAUCAAUGAUCUCAUGUUGGGCCGCAGGAUUGCUUUCUAUGAACUCAGAGGAGAAAUAGGCACUGGAAAUUUCUCCCAGGUCAAACUGGGUGUUCACGCUUUGACUAAAGAGCGUGUUGCUGUAAAGAUUCUCAAUAAGGCGCGUCUCGACAAGAAGUCCCAGAAUCUGUUUGCCUCAGAGGUUAUCUGUAUGGAAAAUCUCUCCCAUCCGAACAUUGUGCGUCUGUAUGAGGUGCUUGAGACCAGUAAGUAUUUGUACCUCGCUAUGGAGUACGGCAGCGGAGGAGAUCUGUUCUCACGCAUCACCACCAGGGGGCGCUUGUCAGACCUGGAAAGCAAGCUCAUCUUUGCUCAGAUCAUCUCAGCCAUCAAAUACAUGCAUGAAAACAACAUCAUCCAUCGCGACCUGAAAGCUGAGAAUAUUUUUUACACCACAUGCUACUGCAUCAAAGUGGGGGACUUCGGUUUCAGUGUUGUCAGUGAGCCCACUGAAACUCUGAACACGUUUUGCGGCUCCCCACCCUAUGCGGCGCCUGAGCUGUUCAGAGACAAAAGCUACGUGGGCCGUUAUGUGGACAUCUGGGCGCUGGGCGUCCUGCUCUACUUCAUGGUGACCGCCACCAUGCCUUUCUACGCUGACAACUUAGGCCGACUGAAACGCUGCAUCCUGCAGGGGGCGUACAGCAUCCCGCCCUACGUCCCUGAUUCCUGCCAACUGGCCAUCAAAGGCAUGCUAAGACCCGUACCUGUGGACCGGACCACGGUGUCGCAGCUGAUGGUAUGCUCCUGGAUGAAGGGCAUUGAAUACCCCAAACCCUAUCCUGCUUUUUGCGCCACGCCGAAUUACCUAGCUGACCCUGCAAAGAGCCUGUGCGUGGAGGAACAGGAAGUGAAGUCAGCCCUGAACGAGCUGGGCAUCAGUGGAACACAUCUGCAGAAUAACACAUGCACUGACUGUCGCAGCCCAAUAACAGGAAUAUACCGUAUCCUGCUGCAUCGCAUUCAGAAGAGGAGAUCUGUGGAAGCGGUGGGAUAUUCUGCCCUGUACCCAGAGGAUUUUGGUACCAAGAAAUACUGGGCCAACAAUGAAACAGCUACGCACAAUCCUUCUGCAGUGUGUAACGUCCUGUAAAGACUUAAUUUUAAUGGUUCAUGGGUGGAUAAUGCGUUCGAUGCCAUGUUACAGGAAGUAAUGAAUAUGAGGUUGUGCUAUUUUUUAAGAUUAAACGUGAAACCCAGCAUCCCAGAAUCAAUCCCAAAUAUUUUAGUUUUUAUAAUAUUUUCAUAAUAAACCAAGUCAGAAGGAUCUCCUUAUUAGUGUUUAUCUGCUGCUUAAUCUAUGCAAUUUAAUGAAUCAUGAAUGAUUUUGAAUGAUUCACGAACAAAUGAUUCUUAGAGCCGGUUCGUUAAAGUGAAACAUACAGUGUAACAAGUGAAGCCUGAUUCCUGAAACAAAUGACUCUUAGGAAUUGGGUCUUUUUAGCAGUUCUUCUCUACAAGCCAGGUCUUUUCAGUCAAUCAAAAACAUACAGCGCAACAAGUGAGGCCGAUUCCCAAAACUGAUCUUACAAGCCAUUUCUUUUUAACCAAAAAAUCAAAGACACAUAGCACGACCAAGUGAAUCAACAUUUAAGUGAAUCAAAAAUGUACAGCUCAAUAAGUGUAGCUUAAUUUCCAAAUUGGAUCUUACAAGCCGUUUCAUACAGCGCAACAAGUGUAGCUCGAUUCCUAAAAUGGAUUUUAGAAGUCGGUUCUUUUUAAUGAAUAAAAAAUGUACAGCACGACCAAUGUAGCCUGAUUCCAGAAACAUAUGACUCUUACAAGCCAGUUCUUUUCAGCGAAUCACAACCCAGAUAGCACACGUACGUCUGCAAGAUGUCUGUUAAAAAUCACGCCAUCUAGAAAGCAUCUGCUGCAUACAAACAUCUGACAGACAUCUUUUAGAUGUCACUUUUACAUAUAUUCUCAAUCAUAAACAUUUUAAAGAUGUAUUCUAAAUGUCUAUUUGAAAUCUGAUAGAAAAUUUCCUAUAGAUGUAUUGCAAAUGAGCACUCUAAAAAUGUCUUGCAGAUGUCAAAUAGAUGUCUUUGUAAUGUUUUUGUGAUAUCAGGGAAAACUCCCAGAUAGCUCACAUACUGUACGUCUGCAAGAUGUCUGUUAAAGAUCACUUCAUCUGGAAAGCAUCUGCUGUGUACAAACAUCUGAUAGACAUCUUUAAGACGUCAGUUUUACAUACAUUCACAAUCAUAAACAUCUUAAAGAUGUAUUCUAAAUGUCUAUUUGACAUCUGAUAAACAUCUUAAAGACAUCUUCUAAACAUCUGUUUGACGUCUGAUAGAAAACAUAUCAGAGACGUAUUGCAGAUGUGCAAACACUCUAAAAAAAUACGUCUUGAAGAUGUAAAUGCAGACGUCAAAUAAACGUCUCUGUAAUGAUGUAUGUGUGCUAUCAGCAAACAACGUGUUGCCUGAUUUUUUAAGUGAAUCAAAAACAAACUGCUCAACAAGUGAAACAAAUGACUCUUAGAAAAAAUUAAACAGCAGACCAAUUCUUGAAACAAAUGAACUGGUUCUUUUUAGUGAAUCAGGAACACACAGUCCAGCAGUAGCCUGAUUCUUGAAACUAAUUAUGAGCUGCUUCUUAUGAGCUCAUUGUUUUUCAAAUAAAUCAAAAACAUACAGCACAUUCAAUGUAGCCUGAUUCCUGAAAUGAAUGACUCAUAUGAGUUCGUUCUUUUUAGUAAAUCAAAAUCAUACAGCGCAGCAAAUGUAGCCUGAUUCUUGAAACAAAUGAACCAGUUCUUUUUAGUGAAUCGGGAACCUGCAGUGCAACAAGUGUAGCCCGAUUUCUGAGCCGGUUGUUUUUAAGGAACCAAAAACAUACAGCACGACCAAUGUAGCCUGAUUCCCAAAAUAAAUGACUCUUACGAGCCAGUACUUUUAAGUGAAUCAAAAACAUACAGGACGAUGAGUAUAUCUUUCCAAAAUGAUUAACUCUUACGAGCCGGUUCCUUUCAGCGAAUCACAAACAUACAAUGCAACCAAUGUAGCCCAAUUCCUAAAAUGAAUGAACCAAUUCUUUGUAGCGAAUCAGGAACACGCUCUUAUGAGUGAAUCAAAAAAAAUACAGGACAAAGAGUGUAUCUUUCGAAAAUGAUUCACUCUUACGAGCCGGUUCCUUUUAGCGAAUUAAAAACAUACAAUGCCAACAAGUGUAGCCUGAUUCCUGAAAAAAAAAGUAGCCGGUUCUUAUGAGCUGCAACAUAGCCUGAUUCCUGAAGUGAAUUAACUUUUUUUUUUUUUGUGAAUCAGGAACACACAGUCCAACAAGUGUAGCUGGAUUACUGAAACAAAUUAUGAGCUGGGUCUUCAAAAACAUACAGCACGACCAAUGUAACCUGAUUCCCAAAACGAACAACUUUUAUGAGCCGGUUCUUUUAAGUGAAUCAAAAACAUACAAUGCAGAGUGUAAACUUCCAAAAUAAUGAACUCUUACAAGCCUGUUCUUUUUUUAGCGAAUCAAAAACUAAUAGCUCAACAAGUUUGGCCCAAUUUCCGAAACGAAUGUUUCUUAUGACGUGGUUCUUUUUAGUGAAUCAAAAUCAUACAGUGCAGCAAAUGUAGCCCGAUUCUUUUAACAAAUAAACCGGUUCUUUUUAGUGAAUCAGGAACAUGCAGUCCAACAAGUGUAGCCCGAUUCCUGAAAUGAUUUAUUAGCCACUACGACCAAUGUAGCCCGAUUCCUGAAACGAAUGACUCUAAUGAGUUGGUUUUUUUAAGUGAAUCAAAAACAUACAGGGCGAAGGGUGUAUUUCCAAAAUGAUUAACUCUUAGAAGUUUGUUCUUUUCAGUGAAUCAAAAACAUAUAGCGCAACAAAUGUGGCCCAAUUUCUGAAACAAAUAGACCGGUUCUUUUUAGUGAAUCAUUAACAUGCAGUCCAACAAACUUAGCCUGAUUCCUGAAACUAAUUAUGAGCCAGUUCCUAUGACGCAGUUGUUUUUUAACAAAUCAAUCACAGUGCAACAACUGCACGAAUUCUAUUUUACAAAUCUGCAGGGUCUAGUGAGGUCCAGCAUCAGAGGCCACUUGUGUAAAUGCUUACAUUAAAAUACAUGUUGUUUAUGUCAGUUUGUUUAUAUCAAUAAACUCAUUGAGGUAUGUUGAUUCAGCUGUACAUGUAAUUCUAAUGAAGGGUGUUUUUAUUUGCAGUCGAUCCGUAAGUGGUCAUUCAUUGUUGCCAAGUUGAAUACGGAGAUGUGGCCAAUAUUUAAAGGUUAGGAAAACAUUUGAUACAUUUUUGUAUCACUGAACGGUUGAAUGUUUGAAAAUGUCAUUUGCUUGAGCCACAGCUUUGGACUGAGUGUCAUAUGCAGUAAAUAUUUGCAAUAAACUGCUUACUGGCUGUUCUGGCCUUAUGUAACAAAGUUCACAUUUGAUGGACUCGACCACCAUCUGAUUCCAAUAAAAUAGCUGAAUUGCUACAUAGCAAUGAUUUCCUAAUCUCAGGCAGGGUUUACAUUGAACGUAUGACGUAAAGGAUUAACUGCUAAUCAGCUGUUGAUCCUAAUUAGUGUGGUGCUUUAUAAAAAGCUUGUGGUAUUGAUUAUAUUGUAUUUUAUUGAAUUAAUCAACAAAGCCAUCAACAAGCCAUGGCACAUUCAUCAGGAAUGGAGAAGAUCUGCCAAGAUGCUGUUUUUACAGGCAUAAUAGUGGUUUGUAGUUACACACAUAUGCCUUCGACCAUCUAAAUCACAUUUAGAAAUACAUUUCAUGUUAUAAACCAUAUAUAACUCAGUCAAUUGCAUGCUUAAUUAUUUAUCAAGAAUUGCAUGUGAUUUAUUGUUAAAAAGAUUAUUUUUUGUUUGAGCUCAUAUACAUGACAAAUAUAUUGCUAUGUUACAUUUAUAGCAUGUCACACAAAUUGCUACAUUAAAAAUACAUUGUAUUUUAUUUUAAUAUAUUUUCAUGACAAUUAAGUACUUCCCUCUCAAAUUCUCAUUACUGAAAUGCAAUAAAUAAAUACUGUUAGAAAUUAACAAUAUAUUAUGACGUAUUUAUUUGUUAUAUGGGAAUACAGAAGAAUUACAUUUGAAAAUAGCAGGACAUUAAAAAAAAUAAAAAUAAAUAAAAUGUCCUAAUG